GUAAGGCGGACCCAGACUGGAAGCCCAGCACGACUCCAGGGCGGGCAGCUCGACCUCAAGGCUCCCCGGGCACGGGGCAGGCCGGCUGAGGAGAACCAGCGGCAGUGGCAAGGGCGCCAUGCCGGUCUCACCGCCUCACACCCGCGGACGACGAGCUCUACCAGCGGACACGGGUGACCGUGCUGCAGCCGGACUCCCCCAACACCAUGUUCAUCGAGGGCUACACCAGCCGCGGCUUCACCAUCAGUGGGGACCUGGUGGUGGGGCCCUGCGCCAUCCUGCCCCGCGCCAUCCUCCAGUGGAACGUUGGCUCCUACAGGGACAUCUCGAAUGAGAGUCUGUCACUGUUUCGGCUGCUGGAGCCCCAAAUAGAGAUCCUGGUGCUGGGCACUGGAGACAGGGUGGAGCGGCUCCACCCCGCCGUGCUGAAGCAGAUGCGGGCAUGUGGGAUUGCUGUGGAGGUGCAGGACACGCCAAAUGCGUGUGCGACCUUCAACUUCCUGACAAGUGAAAAGCGCCUGGCAGCUGCUGGGCUCAUCCCUCCACGGGGCACCUACACGGGGAUGUAGAUGCUGCCUGACGAGGCUGCGGGCUGAGCAGCUCGUCCCUUGCCUGCCUGAAGCCCCCGAGCGUCACUGCUCUCUGUGGAGAAAUGCUUUGGACUCAGUGGAGAUCAACUGUGAAAUGCGUGGGCUUGGCUCUGCCCCAAAAUCCCUGGCUUCUUGGCCUCGUUGCCCAGCCCGGGCUGGGGGCUGCAGGGCAUGGCACGAGGCGUGAGUGUUGCUGGCAGCACUGCAGCCGCAGCUCUGCCGUUCUGCCGAGGCGGUGCCCAGUGCCUUGGCAGCAAGAAGCUGUCGCCCCGAGGCAGGGCAGAGGCUGGUGAGCGAGCUGCACAACCCCCGGGCACGUCUGAGGCUCCACAAGGAAAAUACAUGUAAAUUGGAAAUACAAAGCAAUUGCGUGGUGGUUAAUGUGCAGCAGAGCGAGGCUGUAAUGCACCACGGGGUGUGUGUUCUCACCCUUCCAUGGAGCUGGCCAGGCCAGUGGGGCUGUGGGUCGGCCCCACAACAGCUCCCUGGGCAGCGUGCGUGGUGCCAGGGGGUGCCACUGGCCAGCAGCUCCCUGUGCACGGCCAGCACUGGCAACUGGUGUGUCCCAGCUGGAGCUGGUGAGCCCUGGGGUGUCCUGUGGGGCUUUGUGCCACCCCACCAGCACCUGUGUGCCUUGUGAAGCCUGGAGCUGUGGUCGGUCCCAGGGUGCUGCAGCCCCUCUCCCUGCAGGCUCAGAGCUCAAGCAGGGGACACACACAGAGAGGGUCACUGUCCUGUCCCCACCCCCACCUUGCACCGGCUGAUGGUUGUGGGGGCAACCCCUGGGGCUGGGGGUACCCAAUCCCAGCCUCCUGCCCCAAACCCUGCCACCUCCAUGGGCCCAAGGAGGGGGGUAUGUGGCUGCAGCGCCCAGCCCUGAGGCAGCCUGUGGGCUAGCUUUGUUAAUGAAUGAGCCAGCUGUAUUAAUGAAUGUAUGCCACUAACAAGAUUAUGUUGCAGUUUGAGGCUCUGAUUUUAGCACGUGUAAAUCUAAUUUGACAUUGCCAA